CACCUUAUAAUUCAAUCAUUAUCAAUAUAAUGCAUUUUGUUCUCCGCCUUCUCUUCCCUCUUUUCCUUUCCAUCUCUCUCUUCUCAGGACGAGUAUCGGCUGGUGGCGUUUACAAUCACCACCUCCGCCACCGUUUCCGGCCUACAAAGCUGUUUGUUUUUGGGGAUUCCUAUACUGAUACCGGCAACAUUCUUUUUCCCAUUUCCCCCGGUCUGCAAUUUCCUUAUGGAAUUACCUUUCCAGGAAAACCCAUUGGCCGUUUCUCCGAUGGUCGUGUUCUCACCGAUUUUGCAGGUAAACAAAUCUGUGUCUCUGUUUCUGUCUCUCUGUUUCGCCGAUUUUCCGACCGUCCUGUUCUUACUAAAAACAAAUGGCUGUCAAAGGAGGCCUUAAAAUGAUCUUAAUCUCGAAAUGUAAUGGAACGUAUGGGAAUAAUUGAAUGCAGCGAGGCAUGUCGGGUUGAAAUCUCCGAUCCCAUUCAGUGUCCGAAACAGAGUCGGGUUGAGAAGAUUCAAAGAAACAGGAGU